AUGGUUCGAGAGGAAGUAGCAGUAUCUACUCGUACACUAGAGUGGAAGUGUGUUGAAUCAAGAGCAGACAGUAAGCGUCUUUAUUAUGGACGUUUUAUUCUGUCUCCGCUUAUGAAAGGUCAAGCCGAUACGAUAGGCAUCGCAAUGCGAAGGGCUUUACUUGGAGAAAUAGAAGGAACAUGUAUCACACGUGCAAAAUCUGAGAAGAUACCACAUGAAUAUUCUACCAUAGUAGGUAUUGAAGAAUCAGUACAUGAAAUUUUAAUGAAUUUGAAAGAAAUUGUAUUGAGAAGUAAUCUGUAUGGAACUCGCAACGCAUCUAUCUGCGUCAGGGGUCCUGGAUACGUAACUGCUCAAGACAUCAUCUCACCGCCUUCUGUGGAAAUCGUUGAUACUACACAGCAUAUAGCUAGCCUGACAGACCCAAUUGAUUUGUGUAUUGAAUUACAAAUCGAGAGGAGUCGCGGAUAUCGUAUGAAAACACUAAAUAACUCUCAAGAUGGAAGUUAUCCUAUAGAUGUUGUAUUCAUGCCUGUUAGAAAUGCGAAUUAUAGUAUUCAUUCUUAUGGGAAUGGAAACCAGAAACAAGAGAUCCUUUUUCUCGAAAUAUGGACGAAUGGAAGUUUAACUCCUAAAGAAGCACUUUACGAAGCCUCUCGGAAUUUGAUUAAUUUAUUUAUCCCCUUUCUACAUGCACAAGAAGGGGACAACCUAUUAAAGGACAAUCUAAACUGGGUUGCUUUACCUUUUUUUAUCUUUCAUGAUAGAUUGGCUAAACUAAGCAAAAACAAAAAAGCAAUAGCAUGGAAACACGUUUUUAUUGACCAAUUAGAAUUAUCUCCCAAGGCCUAUAAUUGCCUCAAAAGGUCCAAUAUACAUACAUUAUUGGACCUUUUGAACAAGAGUGAAGAAGAUCUUAUGGAAAUCAAAGAUCUUGGCCUAGAAGAUCUAAAAAAGAUAGUGAGUAUUCUAGAAAAGGAUUUAUGA